CACUCAUUCAGAUCAACCAUUCCAAGUUAGAAAAAAGAAUGUCUUCAUUUUCAAUAGAAGAAUUUAUAGGAAAUGGAGUUUUGAAGGAGCUGCUCCCGAAAUUGUUGGAUGAAGGUUGGGAUGAUGUGCCAACAAUGAAGGUUAUGGACUCCGAUGAUAUGAACUCGAUAAAAAUGACACAACGGCAAAAGGACUCAAUUGGAAUAAGGGCAUACCUACACGAUCGUGGAUUGAUGCAAUAUGCAGAUAAGCUAGAGGCCAGUGGAAAAAAUCUGUCAGAGCUUAUGAGUUUAAGCAGCAUGGAUCUUUCUACUCAGUUUGACAUGAAGAGAGGCCAUAUUGUCCGUUUCAUAGACAGAACAAUCGAUGAGUCCUUUAAAUUACGCGGAAUUAUGGCUAGGAGAAGAAGCAGCUUGAUGUAUAGACAUGAAAGCAUCCCAAAUAGACUUGCAUCUAAUGGCUCCAAUAGUAUGAUGAGAAUGCAAAUGAGGAGUAAUACAAUUUCUGAUAGAUCAUUUGAACAAUCACUUACUGAGCUAAAGAUUAAAGAUGGAUAUGUGUUUAAGGGGAUUGUGGCUUCUGAGCCAGCUGAUCCAAGAGCAUGUGGUUGUGUGCAACCUCCUCCAGUCAGUGACCAAGUUGCUCCUUAUGUUGCUAUUGAAAAUAUAUCGGUUCAGAAAAUAACUCCAGAGUAUAAGAUUGGCAUGGAACCAUUGGUAAAAAUGAAGACACCUCCAAUGAAAGCUGCAGAACUGUGGCGAGAUAAACCAGCUGUGUUCCUUUGUCUCCGGCGACCAGGGUGCAUCAUGUGCAGAGCAGAGGCACACAAGCUCUUCUCCAGGAAACCCAUAUUUGAUGCACUUGGGGUUCAACUAUUUGUUGUUGUUCAUGAGCACAUAGAGUCAGAGAUCAAAGAUUUUUGGCCUCGGUACUGGGGUGGUGGUGUACUUCUUGAUCGGGGUAGGGAUUUCUUCAAAGCUCUUGGAGGGGGAAAACUACUCAAGGAAAAUUUUUUCUCAGGAUUUUUGUUGAACCCUCGAGCAAUUUGCAAUUACAAGCGUGCAAAGGCUACAGGAUUUCAAAAAAACUUUAGAGGGGAAGGAGAAAUAAAGGGUGGACUCUUCAUAGUAGGGAGUGGAAGGACUGGCAUUGCUUACCAAUUUAUUGAGAUGAACUUUGGUGAUUGGGCCCCUAUAGCCGAAGUAAUCGAAAUUUGUACCCAGCUGCAGAAACAACAGCAAGAUCUAAGUGUACGUGAGGAGCCUUAAAAGGAAACGGUGACUGGAUAUACUGCAUGAGUAUUCACUAUAAUUCUGUUCCUUGAAUAUAACUCCAUCUCCAUUACAAUUAUUGCACAACAUAGUAAUAUAGAAAUCAGCAGUUGCUCAUGCAAUCUAAAUGGAUCAACACUAAUUCCAAUGUAAAUUGAUCCAAUACUGUAUUAUUUUAGUUUUUACUAUCUGUUUUCUGUUAAAAAAGUAUAUUACAUAAA